AUUGAGUUAAGACGUCUUCUGUACCGGAGGUAACAGCAAUCAUGUCUUCCACACAAAACGACUCGGAGUGGGUCAAACUUGUUAGCAACGACGGGUACAGCUUUCUUAUCCGAAAGAAAGUGGCCAUGGGCAGUGGCACACUGAAGAACAUGUUGAGUGAAGAGAGCAACUUCAGCGAGGCAGUGACAAAUACCUGCGCGAUCAAUGAAAGGGGCGUCGUGCUAGAGAAACUGUGUGAAUACCUGAGCUACAAAGCUCUAUAUGAGAACGCUCCUCAGCGAGAUAUCCCCGACUUCACCGAGCGCAUCACGCCUGAGAUUGCUCUUGAGCUGCUAGUAGCGGCAGAUUACUACGAAACCUAACGAUCCUUUCGAGCCUGCGCUCUACUGCGUUUGCACUUGCAGUCCUGGAUGAGCCACGAGCAAUGCUGACCUUACCGAGCCUCCUGAUCACCGUUGUAUAUCGUCACACACGCCCAAUCUCUAUUACUUCAUACACCGUACAAUACAUGCGGCA